UGCUUCUAUAUAAGCAGCCUUGAUCACAACAUCACCACAUUUGAUGACUGGGAUUAAAAGCUGUGCGUGGAAAUGAACCUGUCCUCCGUAGUUGUUGAUCAUCUGCUGCCUGUGCAGCUCUGCAUCAUGACCGUCCUCUCCUUUUUCAACAGACUCUUGGACAAACUUUACUCCUGGAGAGCGUGCACAGGACCUGGCACUGAAACAGGAGUCAGCAAAAGAAGUCCAAAUGCAGUUACUCCGACCAGCGUCAACUACCAUUAUACACGCAAGUGUAACUACAAGUGUGGCUUUUGUUUCCACACUGCAAAGACAUCCUUUGUACUGCCUCUGGAGGAAGCAAAGAGGGGUCUUAAGCUCCUGAGGGAUUCAGGAAUGGAAAAGAUCAACUUCUCUGGUGGAGAACCAUUCUUGCAUGAAAAGGGCGACUAUCUUGGAAAAUUGGUCCAAUACUGUAAACAAGAGCUACAACUUCCAAGUGUCAGCAUUGUCAGUAAUGGUAGCAUGAUCAAAGAAACGUGGUUCCAAAAAUAUGGCAGCCAUCUUGACAUCCUGGCCAUAUCCUGUGACAGUUUUGAUGAAGCGACCAACCAGCUGAUUGGCCGAGCUCAAGGCAAGAAGAGCCACCUGAACUGUCUGUACAACAUCCGGAACUGGUGCCAGAAGCAUAAAGUGGCCUUCAAGAUCAACUCAGUCAUCAACACUUUCAACGUGGACGAGAACAUGGCAGAGGCCAUUGUUCAGCUCACCCCGGUCCGAUGGAAGGUCUUCCAAUGUCUGCUUAUUGAUGGUGAAAAUGUGGGCGAGAAAGCCCUGAGAGAGGCCGAGAGGUUCACCAUCAGUGACCAACAGUUUCAUGAGUUCCUGGACAGACACAGCAGUGUGUCCUGCUUAGUUCCUGAGUCCAAUGAGAAGAUGAGGAAUUCUUACUUGAUCUUGGAUGAAUAUAUGCGUUUCCUGGAUUGUAGAGAGGGUCGAAAAGACCCAUCUAAGUCCAUCCUCGAUGUUGGCGUGGAAGAGGCCAUCACUUUCAGUGGCUUUGAUGAGAAAAUGUUUCUAAAAAGGGGAGGAAAGUAUGUGUGGAGCAAAGCAGACAUGAAGUUGGAGUGGUAACAUUGUACGAUUCCCGAAGUUGAAACACUGUCAUACAAACGUUCUGUUGUUUUUGACAAAAAGUUGUUUUUUUGCUGUUAAUAUGCCAGGUGGUUGUUAUUACAGGGUGUCCCGAUUCAUUAUUAAUAUCGGACAUCAGCAAAAAAAAAAAAGGGGUUAAAGCAUUAAGUAGUUUUGCAGUGCAGAGCUAAAGAGCCAGCUAAAAGCUAAAAGAUCGCCACAAGGUUGGUCUUUUCUUAUAUUUUGGUGAAGUCAUUUAUAAAAUGUAAAAAAAAAAAUGGUAGGAAAUGGGCUACAUGGAGCUAGCAACUACCCGACAGCCAAGCACACAAUAGCAAUAAUCUAAACAUAAGUAAUAAGUGUCCUAAUAAUUAUAAGCAAUAAUUAUACCUGCAUAUUAAUUAUAGAUACAGAGUCUCCAAGGCGGAAACUUGUGACAAGGCAUCCAGUAACAAACUUGUCCGCAUCAUUCGACUUACUGCUUUCCAGGCUUUAUGUCAUGAUUUAUUGUGGCCAGUAGGUGUUGCUAAACAAAACAAUGACCACUCCACUUCAAUUUAAAGACAUCAUAAAUCCAUUCCAGUGAGUUAAUAAAAAUAGGUUAGUGUUUUUCAUAUCUACCAUUGUUCUCUGAGUAAUUUCACUUGAUUAAGCAUUUUCUAACAUUCCAAACUACAAAAUAGUAAAAGUAUGGAUGAUUUGUUAUGGUCUGAUCCAAUCAAUAUUGGUAUCUGUCAGUACUCAAAACUCAAUUUGUAUCAGAAGUGAAAAAGUUUGGAACACCUUUAGUUGUUGUAUUCGUUAUGUCGACAUCAAAAUUCAGAACCAUUGCACAUAGUGCUAAGAAUUUAGGGCUUUGUCUAUGUGCGAUAGAGAAAAUGACUAUAUCUUGAUAUUCGAGUAUACAUUCUCACCCAGUUGCUAUUAGCUGCGGGUAUUACACUGCAUGCGUUUCCCACUCUCUCUUGUCUCUCUCACAGAGACGUAAACCAAGCGCACCUUCUUACACACGUAACGUGUGCAACGUCACACGCUCCUACGGAGCAGAGAGGUAGCGACAAGGUAACGUUAGCUGUGAUGCUAACGGUGAGGUGCAAGUGGUAAUACGAGAGAGAGAAGGUGCAAAUUUGGUAACACAUUGAGGAAUAAUUAAUUCCCAAGAAAAACAGCACGUGAUCCAUCGUCCGGCGGUGGUUUGGCUUCAAGCGGGAAUAUGUUUAUUUAUGCGGCAAAAGCGUUGCUACAAAAAGUAGCAGCAGUGCUAAUGUAGCACCAUUUGAAAAGUCACCCGCUAGAGAACGAAUAGUGUUUGAAACUCUGCACGUCAACAUCUCUUUUCAGUGCCACACCAACAAAAUGCCGAAGCAGCUUUUUCCAGAUCAACACCAUAUUUAAAAAAAAGUCAACAGAAGGAGAUAACGUCCGCAGGAACCUAUUAUGCAGCUCGUUUUUAUUUGACAGUUAUUGAAAUAUCUUGUGUAACAUCAUGCACUAAAGUGCACUUUAUUUGUUUUUAGCUAUUGUAGUGGUGUUCUGUACAAAAAGUACACUUUAAUUUAGUGUUGUUUUGAUAUCUCAUCUUGGUGACAUCAUUCACAAAAGUGUACAUAUAGCUUGUUUUAAAAUGUCUGACCAUCUUGCACUUUCUGUUAUGGAAAUGACAUGAAUGUCUGUACCACUGAUUAAUAACUGUUUAAUAAAUACAGUUUUGGUAAAUUGA